AUCAGCUAGAGCCAAUCACGUUCGAGUGUUAAAGACCCCGCCCCUUCUUGGAAGUGAGAGAAAUCUACAGGCCGCGCUCGCUCAGCCGGUGACGGGUGAUGCUUCCGGGCCAAGAGCGUGAGGAGCAUGAGAUAAGAUAAUAGAUUUGGUUGAAGCACCUUUAAUCAACCGGAAGAAGAAGACGUCCACGCGCCCUCACACGGAACCGAGGACGUCGAGUCACACAGUGCAAGAUGUCUUACUCAUCUCGGAGUUCCUCUCGCGCCGCUGACUGUAAGGUCUAUGUUGGUGACCUUGGCAAUGGUGCAGCCAAAGGUGAGCUGGAACGAGCCUUCAGUUACUAUGGACCGUUGCGGAGUGUGUGGGUAGCCCGGAACCCUCCAGGUUUUGCCUUCGUAGAGUAUGAGGAUGCCAGGGAUGCAGAGGAUGCCGUAAAGGGGAUGGAUGGAAAGGUGCUUUGUGGAUCCCGCGUGAGAGUUGAGAUGUCUAAUGGUAUGUCCAGAAAGUCUCGUUAUGGCCGUCCCAGUCGCAGACAAUUUGACCCCAAUGACCGCUGUUACCAGUGUGGGGAGUGUGGUCAUUAUGCCUACGACUGUUAUCGUUUCAGCAAGCGGCGAAGUCGACGCAGCAGGUCAGCAUCUCGCUCUCGGUCCAGAUCUCGUGGCCGGCGCUACCGCUCUCGUAGCCGCAGCAAUGAAAGGAGGUACCGUUCACCUUCAUACUCAAAACGCAGAAGCAGGUCAGGCUCUCAGGCCCGCUCUAGAUCCAGAACCCCUGUGCGGCGCUCGCGUUCACCUGUACGCAGGUCGAAAAGCCCUGUCCGUAGGUCCAGGUCCAGAUCCAGAACGCCUGUCCGUAGAGACAGCCGCUCCCGUUCACGAUCUGGUUCUAGGCCGAGAGAUCGUAGUGUGUCCAGAUCUCGGUCUCGUUCGGUCAGUCACAAGAAAGACAGUCAUUCCAGGUCUGCCAGCCCAAGGAGAAGUCCAACACCGGAUGCUGACUGAUCUGAACGCUGAUGCUUCUCCCCCCCCCAUUCCCCACCUUUGCCUCAGGCUGAAAUACAUUUUAUCUCCAUGAUUUCAAUACUGGUUCUACUGUAGCUACAAAGCUAUUUCUUUUCUUCUCCUUCCCCAGAUUUUAAUGAAAGCUCCUUGUAAAAGCAUCCCUAUCAUCUCAUGAUUUUUUUUCCCAUUUACAUAUCCCCCUUUUUUUCCCCUCCCCCUCCUUCAGAUUGUAAACCGGUUUUUAUUUUUAUUUUUUUAAGAGCUCCAUUGUUUUAAUUUCAGUGUUGAGCCAGUGUCCUGUGGUCAGUGAUUUGUGGGUAAGGUGGUGAAUGAGCUAUGUUGUGAUUUAGUCGGUGUAUUAUAUGAGCUGAAGAGUACGCUGUGAUUUGUUUGUAGAGUUUGUUUUUUUGUUUUGUUUUUUUUUUGCAUUGAAAAUGGCAAUGAUCUUUUUAAUAAAGUAAAGCUUUACAAACCCAA